AUGCGCCUGUCCCUUCUUAUGACAUCCGCAGUCUACCUGAACGCACUUCUCCUCUCCUUGAACUGGAAAUUCAUGGCUAGAAGAUCCAGCACAACGAGCUUGCUUCCGAAGCACUCUGACCACGACUCAGACAAGGUGUGGCCGAAGGUUCGCCACAACGUGGAGAGAAACAGUUGGCCAGACUUUGGACAACCACUCGCAAUCAAGGUUGAAACCAGCACACACCAGGUCGCUGAUGACGAUACACAGGGCAACGAGUGGAACGCCAUUUACUUAUCCUAUGUUCAGGCCAGGAACAUUGUGGACAAAAUUGAGUCAAUCACAAGCUCCACAAGCGGCACGAUGGAGUGA